CAAAUUUCGAGAGUAUCAAAUCAAAUGAACUACGCAAAUUGAAGAAAAAGCACCCAAAAACUCACUUAAUACCCGCAGGGUUUUUCACUAGAACGUCCCCGCAUCCAGACACUAGUGCUUUUAGAUUUGUCUUUCGAAGUUCCCUUUUUCAAGAGUUAAAGAGAAUUCUCUCUUGAAAUUUCUCCAAAUAGAUUAAUCAUGAGAUUUGAAGAUAAGGAAGCACAGGAUGCCACUAUUCAAUCAGUUGCCUUCGGUAUGUUCCAGAUCAACACCAAUGUCUCCAUGUUCCAGCGUCUCGUCAAUUUCCUCGGGACGCCUAAGGACACCUCCGAAAUUGGUGACAAGCACGAGACAAGGCUACGUAUUGGACAGUUGGUAAAGGAUACUUCAGCUAAACUUAAACAAGCUAGUGUAACAAAUCAGAAUACCACUGUCAGCGCAAGCAAGAAAAUUGAAUAUGCUAAACUUGCAAAAGAUUUUCAAGCAAUUUUGAAAGAAUUCCAGAAGGCUCAAAGGCUAGCCACUCAACGGGAAAUGCCUUACAUACUUCAUCGGGUAUGUUUUGUCCGAAGGGCUGAUAUAUAUGGGAUCUGGAGGCUACACAUCAUGUUAACGCAACUGGACAGGGGUUCCUGCCAUCAAGGGAAUGCGGCGGAAUUGAAAGAUAAUGGAUUUUUGGUGAGUCCAGGAUUGAGAACAGUUGCAGCAGAGUUUGGGGACGUUUUGGAUGCAGCAGAGUUGGGGGAUUCAUCGGGAGUGGCCAUGAUCAAGACUCGUGAGAGCAGUAGAGGCUCUGAUGCCACUGAAUGACAGGAGGUAUUGAUGUUGGAAGACGAGAUUGCAUUCAAUGAGGCUAUGAUUGAGGAAACAGAGCAGGGAAUUCAGGAAUCCUGCAGCAAACGGUUAGCUUGUACGUAUAAUGCAGAUAACAGUGGCUCCCAUAUUGAGAAUGCACACGCUGCUGCAACGCCACAGGCCACAGGGGAAAUCCCAACUUGCAAACGCUGCAAAGAAAAGGCCGUCUUGCUCUUGUCGACUACUGGAAUUGUGCUUCUCAUCGUGAUUAUAGUACUUGCAGUGACUAAGAAAUUAUAAAGCACAAACAAUCUGCUUAUCAGACAACAAGAGGCUGAUAUCUUUGGUAAUAGUUUUGGUUAUGUUGUUUGAAGACACAUCAUUAUCCAUGGCUGACUGAAGCGUGUGAUCGGUUUAUGUUGUUUCCCUAUCAAUUUAUGAUUUUCACUUCUUUAUUUUGGGUGGUGGCGCCUUCUUUUGGUGGGUUGCAGCUUUUGUGUAAUAAUUCUCCCUUUCUCCU